AUGUGGAAGCCGCCAAUAAACUUCAUCACGCUGCACUAUGCAUACAUCAUCAGCUUCGGCAUCCUGGCGUUGGUCAUCCUGUACCCCGAGAAAAACCUGCGCACCGUAGAUGCAUACUUCUUCGGCGUCAGCGCUUCAACUGAAUCAGGCUUGAAUCCUGUAGAUCUCAAAGCACUCAAGACGUAUCAGCAAGUCUUUUUGUACAUCGUGCCGAUGAUCACGAACAUCGGCUUUGUCAAUGUUAUUGUUGUGGUUGUGAGGUUGAGAUGGUUUCGACAGAGGUUCAAGGCGGUGACUGCGAGGAAGGACGACGCUGUACAGGCUGGUUCGGUGACAAGAGAUAUGGAGAAGGGGCCGACGCUCACGACGCCUGCUGUACUGUCGAGGGAAGAGGAGCAGCCGAAAUCUGAUACGACGAGGAUAACGUUUGCGCCGGUGAUGCAGCGCGGUCGAACAGGGGAGCAUGCGCUGUAUAUUCCUGGACCAAGAGAGCGGGAGAACGAUGAAGACGUCGAUCGAAUCAGCAUCGCUCGCACCGAGUCGAACAGCAUCAUGCGCCGCAAAAAGUUCGAUACCAGGAAGAUGAGCAAAGCGACUUCGAUGGAGACUGCCGUGUCGUCCAUCUUCGUUUUAGGUAGCACUGCACGAGGCCAGAGUCAGGAUAGGUCAAGAAAAUCGUUUGACCGAGCGAAAUCGAUGGAACGAACGAAAUCAAUGGACAGAACCAAGUCGAUAGACAUUGCUACUUUGACACCAGACGAGUUAGGAGGUAUCGAGUACCGCGCACUACGAGUCUUGCUCAAGGUUGCGGUAGGAUACUUCGUCGGUCUGCAUUUACUCGGCGUCAUUUGCUUGGUGCCGUGGAUACACCUCGCGAGUCCCAAGUAUCGGGAGUACCUGGCUUCAACAGGCCAAAACGAAACUUGGUGGGCCAUCUACUCUGCGCAAACCAUGGUCGACAACUUGGGCCUCACCCUCACCCCGGACAGCAUGAUAUCAUUCCGCGACGCCACCUGGCCCAUGCUGGUAAUGUCCUUCCUCGCCUUCGCCGGCAACACCUUCUACCCCUGCUUCCUACGUCUCCUCAUCUGGACAAUCUACAAACUCUCCGCCAUCGACUCUUCGCUGCGAGAAUCCACCCGCUUCCUCCUCGACCACCCGCGCCGCUGCUACACCCUGCUUUUCCCGGGGACAGCCACCUGGAUCCUGGCGGCGAUUCUGAUAACGCUGAAUUUCCUCGACACACUGCUCAUCAUCGUGCUCGAUCUAGAUAACCCCGAAGUCAACGUCCUCCCUGUCGGCUCGCGCAUCCUCGCCGCCAUCUUCCAAGCCGCGUCCGCCCGACACACAGGCACAGCAACGUUCAAUCUCGCGAACGUGAAUCCCGCGGUCCAGUUUAGUUUGCUGGUCAUGAUGUAUAUAUCCAUCUACCCGAUCGCCAUCAGCAUACGCAUGAGCAGCGACUACGAGGACGGGUCGGUGGGGCUGUACGAAGUCGAGGAGAGUCUGGAUGAGCAGACGGGUGGGAAGAAGUACUUGGUUAACCACAUGCGGAACCAGUUGAGUUUCGACCUGUGGUAUAUUUUCCUGGGUGUGUUUUGUAUCUGUUGUGCGGAGAGCGAGAGAAUUAUGAGUCGGGAGGAUUAUGUAAGUUUGAAGCGGGAUGUUGAGGGGGGGUUUUGGGCUAAUGACUGGAUAGGCGUUCUCGGUUUUCUCGGUCUUCUUCGAGGUCGUGAGUGCGUAUGGUAA